AUGCUCGAAGGCGACGUCAUUGCGCAGCGAUGCUGCGGCGUUGAGAGCAACCCGUCUAAGCGGUGCAUUUGGGCGCCGGACCCUCGCUCGCUCGAUUCGGUGCGCCAUCGGGUGGACGUCAAGGGCACGCCGGACGCCCCGCCCCACGGCUCCUACGAGGGCGGCACGCUUCCGGGCAUCCGCGUCCUCGGCGCCUUCCUUGGCGGUUUUGUGUGGUGCCGCGACAAACUGGUCAAGCGAGGUAGGCGGCCAAAGCCCGGCGGCAUGUUUGAGGAGCCCUUGCCCAAGAACAAGGCCGGGCAGCCGCAGGAGCACACGCCGUACGAAAUCCACCGCUCCAACGAGUACUUCCAGCGCGAAUACCUCGUCGCGGUGCAGGAGAUCAAGAUCUUGCAGGCUCGCGCGCACCAACAACUGCGCGCGUGCUUUCGGAAAAAUGGCGUCAAUCAUCUAGAGGACUGCAAGGAGUUGCGCGAGCAGCUGUGGGAAAAGAUGCACCAGCCCAACUAUGGCGCGCCCGGUGCCCCUCGAUCGAAUAAAAUUGCGCUGGAAAAAGAGAGGGCGCCGUGUGUGCACCAAACAAAAAGCAAAGCCGCGGCCGUGUGGUGGGGGUACUGGGACAACUCGGUCACGUACUGCAGCGCUCUAGUACGAGCGAUUUGCUCUCAUUCCGCCCUCUCGCUGCUGCCGCUGCUGCGGCCGGCGCUCACGAUUCCAAACGCGGUGACCGUGGCGCGGCUGGCGAUCCCGUGCCUGCACGCGAUCAGUCCUCUGGCCAGCCCGGCGGCGCGGGUGUCGGCGGGGCUGGCCUUUCGCUUCGACUCUGUCAUCUCGCGCUUGUUGGCGUCGCCACUCUCCGCCAACGGCGACGUGUCAGCCUCCUCUGUUGCCACCUCGCUCUCGAGCGAACUCACCACGGACUCGUCGUCGUAG